UUUCGGUUUUGAAUAUUUCUUAGUCCUCUUCAAUGACACAAAAGUGUUUCUUGUCCAAUUACUUGAUUAAUCGAUAGAAUCAUCAUGAGCUGCAGCACUAAUGUCCACUCAUAUUUCUUCUUGUGGAAAACUGGAAACACGCCUGAAUUUCAACAUUUCUUGUUAUUGUUCCAAGCGUUGAAGUGUUACCUUCCACCUCAAGCCUGAAAAGUGACGUGAUAUUUCUCCUUGACUGAAAACAAGCAUUUGUUCCUCAUAAAUUUACCAAUUUUGUGAUGCAUCAAUCACAGCUACGCACAAAACAGCAACAACAGCCCAAAGUUUAUGUCAACUUCAGUGAAACCAGAAAAUCUCAUUUAUUGAACCUGACGUAUAAAGUACAAACAAACGGCUCCACCCGUCCUCGUCCAGCAAACCUGACGUCUCCCGAAGCCAGCCGGCGAAACCUGGCAACGCUUCCACCUUCAGUGUCGAGCGACAGUUCCUCCUAAACCUACUGUUUUAAUCCCACAUGUAAUAAUUUAUGAAGGUAAAAGUUAAAAUAAACAAAGAUGAGUUGAAAGAUAAAUUGAAGAGUAAAAUCUUAGACUGUUUUUUCCACAUGCUUUGACACAUAUCUGAAAAACUGUGUGUCACAAACACACCUCUGUACAAUCUACACUUAACGGGCUGCUGAAGCUGGUGAAUGUGCGUUUAUUUCCAUAUUGCUCUAUGAUGUUAUGGAUCCAUCCCUAAAGCUGCAGCGUUCCGUGUCAGCACACUCCAUCAGAGAUUCCUCGUUUGGGUUGUUUUUUAUCUCUCAGGUUUAAACAGCUGCACAAACAGACAAAUAAGAAUGAAACAGUGGGAGAAACAGGAAACUGGGCUGUGACCACAGAGUGGAGCUCUGCUGUUGCUGAAACCCAAUGGCAUGUUGGAAGGCGGAGGAACGCAGCCCCUCCCCCCCUCUCCCCCACCUGUGUGCAGGUGAGGCGGGUGUAUAAAGGAGUCUUUCUCUGGAUGGAAACAGACUCCGGCAGCCGCUCACACUGAGAUCUUUGUCACAAACUUUCGGAUUUCCUGCAGAAAGAUGGAGAAACUGCUCGUGCUCUGCCUCGCUCUCAGCCUCACCGCCUCAGACAACAGCACAUCUGCUCCCAGUACCGCCAACAGCACAUCUGCUCCCAGUACCGCCAACAGCGCAUCUGCUCCCAGUACCGCCAACAGCGUAUCUGCUUCCAGUACCGCCAACAGCGCAUCUGCUUCCAGUACCGCCAACAGCGCAUCUGCUCCCAGUACCGCCAACAGCGCAUCUGCUUCCAGUACCACCAACAGCGCAUCUGCUCCCAGUAUCACCAACAGCGCAUCUGCUUCCAGUACCGCCAACAGCGCAUCUGCUUCCAGUACCACCAACACCACCGCAGAGGGGAUGAACUCGACGACCGCCUCUCCGAAUAUCACCGGAACGCUCACGACCCCGCAGAACAGCUCACCUGCAAACACAACAACAAACAAUGCAACCUCUACAACGGCUCCGCCCGGUAACGGCACCAACACCCAUUCCUCCGCGACAUCCUCCCCUACCACAGCAAGCAACGGAACGGCCACAAACCAGUCGAUCACAACUCCGAGCACGGCGGCGUCUGCGGCCAGCAGUAGUGCGGGGGUUCCUGGGUGGGGCAUAGCUCUGCUGGUCCUGGCGGCUGUGGUUUUGCUGCUGCUGCUCCUGCUGCUGAUCGGACUGCUGGUGUGGUGCUGCUGCUACAGGGGGCGCUCCCAAGGCUUCAGUCCCUACGACCACCUGAACAGCAGAGACGACAUCCCUCUCUACACCACUCACGGGCGCUUUGAAGCCACCAAUGGGAGAUCAUACGAGGUGAACAACCCAAAUGUUCUCGAAGGGAAGAUUACAACAAUGUCCUGACAAACAUAGAGGAGCAGACCGAGCGGCCGAUGAGGAGCUAAACACGGACGCCCGCUCAUCGACCAACUCAACACGUUUACUUUGUAUCUCUCAGUCUUUUUUACGAACAUCUGUCAUAAUUACUGUUUUAAUGUCAUGGACAUUAAUUUAUUGUCUGAAGGGAAAAUCAGAAACACGGAGUUACACUGAUCGGUGGAUUUAGGGUGUCAUUUAUAUUUUACUUUUGUUAUAUGUUUAUCAUGUCAUCAUAAUUACAACACAAACUUUACAUGUUUGUCUCUGAUUUUCAUUCCUUCUGUCUGUUUGACCAGUAUUACUUUGUUUUCUCUGAAAAAUCCAAAUCAUUUCACAUUAUUUUGAAUUCCUACGUUGAUGUUGUGACUAUCGUUAGGUUAGAUUACUUUAGAUUAUCUUUUGUCAGUUUUUGCGACAGGAUGUACACUUGCCAUUGCAUUAGGUACACCAGUUAGGCUCAUCCAAAUAUCUAAUCAGCCAAUCACAUGGCUCCAACUCAGUGUGUUCACACAUCUGGACAUGCUCAAGCCAGGCUGAAGUGAUUUAAGUGGCCUUGGUCGAGUUCUUGGUCUGAGCAUUUCAAAAAGGGGAGAUGUGCUGGGACUUUCUCACAGCAGCAUCUCUAAGUUCACAGAGAACGGUCCCAAAACGAGAAAACACCCAGUGAGCAGCUGGGAGACACCGCCAGAGGUCCAAGGAGAAUGGACUGCUUUGAGCUGAUAAAGGCAACGGUCACUCCAGCGUCCGCUCGUUACACGUCGAAGCCCGAAGCCGAUGGGCUUCAGCAGCAGGCGACCACACCGGGUGCCACUUCUGUCAGCUAAGAACAGCAAACUGAAGCUACAGCUCACAAACACUCACCAACUCAAAACCCAUUGAGGGUUUUUAAAAAAACAAAAAAAACAAACGCUAAUGCAUCUUUUCCCCAUGUUUUUAUUUCCUGGUAAUAACUUCUGCUGUUAUUUGUGCUUCUGUUGCGUGUGUUGGUUUGGCAGCGGCUCCCAUGUCCCACUUUUUUGUUUGUUAUGUUUGCAGCGGGACAAUCGUGGCCUGAAAGCAAAUCCUCAUUGUUUGAGGUUUGAUUCAUCUUUUCAAACGAAAGUCUAAGUUUAUUCUUUCCAACAAAGCAGCUCGGUCACAAAGACAGAAAGAGAAGGCGGACGUGGAGCGGGCGGAGGAAUGUAUGAACUUGGGAGCGUUUAGCAGGAGUGAUAAAGCAGAUAUCAACAUAAAGAGACUGGGAUGGGCUCUGAACUGAGUCAGCAUCACAGCAACUGUUACCAGCGAAGAGAAACACGCUCUCUCGUUUUAGGUUUCCAUUUCUCUGGGCUUUUUUAAAUCUUUUAUAUUUUAUCUGAAUAAACAAAUCUGCAAAAGUUU